UGUCAAUUGUACCGGAAGAAGCCCUUUCCGCGAGCCGGGGCGGCGAUUUCCGGCUUGUUGAAGAAAGUUCAUCAGGAACGGUGUGUGGGUUCCUGGAUUCUGAAAAUGGACGGACAAGGAAGGAAAGUAGUGGUUUGUGACAAUGGAACUGGGUUUGUGAAGUGUGGCUAUGCUGGCUCCAACUUCCCCGAGCACAUCUUCCCCGCCCUGGUGGGACGGCCCAUCAUCCGCUCUACGGCCAAAGUGGGCAACAUCGAGAUCAAGGACCUGAUGGUGGGGGACGAAGCCAGCGAACUGCGCUCCAUGCUGGAGGUGAACUACCCCAUGGAGAACGGCAUCGUGCGUAGCUGGGACGACAUGAAGCACCUGUGGGACUACACCUUCGGGCCCGAGAAGCUCAACAUCGACUCGCGCAACUGCAAGAUCCUCCUGACCGAGCCGCCCAUGAACCCCACCAAGAACCGGGAGAAGAUCAUCGAGGUGAUGUUCGAGACCUACCAGUUCUCUGGUGUUUACAUUGCCAUUCAGGCAGUGCUGACACUCUAUGCUCAAGGUCUGCUGACAGGCGUGGUGGUCGACUCUGGUGAUGGAGUCACACACAUCUGCCCCGUCUACGAGGGCUUCUCCCUGCCCCACCUGACCAGGCGACUGGACAUCGCAGGGAGGGAUAUCACCCGCUACCUCAUCAAGGUGCCCCGCCCCCUUCCCUAAGCUGCUACCUCAUUA